AUGGUAGUGGUGGUGGUGGUGGUGGUGGUAACAACGGUGGCGACGGUGGUGGUGGUGGCAGUUAAAAUUUCGGGUUGUCACAGUAGUGGUGGUGGUGGUAGCGACAAUGGUGGUGGUGGCAAUGGAGGGAUUGGUGGUGGUGGUGGUUGUAGUAGUGAUGGUGGUGGUGCCGAGUGGUGUCAGCGAUGGUGGGUGGUAGUGGCGGCAGCGGUGGUAUUGGUGGAGAUGGAGAUGGUGGCUACAGUAAUAACGGUGGUAGCAGUGGCGGUGGUCGUGGCUGGUAAUGGUGGUGCUGGUGAUGGUAGUAUUGGCAAUGACGGUGGCGGCGGAAGUGGUGGUAGUGGUGGUGGCGUUGAUGACGAUUGUGAUGGUUCUGUAUGCAAGUGA